AUGUCUGUUCAAUCCAAGCACUUCACCAACGCUCCGGAGAACCUUGUAGUGGAAUCCCUGCAAGGACUCUGUACUCUCAACCCGCAGCUCGCGCUCGAUGUGGCGGAUAAAGUCGUCUACGUUGCGAAACCGGACCGUUCAAAGGUCGCCCUUAUCUGCGGCGGAGGGUCAGGCCAUGAGCCUGCCCAUGCAGGGUUUGCGAUGGCAUGCUCACUGGCAAGUACCUUGAUGGAUUAUAUGGGAGCAUGGGACGGAGAUGCUGAUUCGAGACAUGGGUGCUCAGCUGCUGCCUGUGGGAGUGUGUUUGCAUCCCCAAACACUUUCCAAGUGCGUCGGGCCAUUGAUCUCGUGGAGAACGAAAAGGGAACUGUGAUCAUAGUUAAAAAUUAUACUGGAGACAUUCUCAAUUUCGGGUUGGCGAAAGAGCAAUAUGCGGCCCAACAUCCAGAAAAGUCUGAUCGUGUCAAGUUUGUUAUUGUUGGCGAUGACGUCGCCGUAGGCAAGACACAGGGCAAGAUCGUCGGCAGAAGAGGUCUUGCCGGUACUUGUUUAGUGUACAAGAUCGCUGGCGCGCUAGCCAAACGGGGCGGAGGCCUUGACGAAGUGAACUCCAUCGCUCAAUGGGUUGCGGCCAACGUUGGUACGAUUGGCGUAGGAUUAGAACACUGUCAUGUGAGUGCUGCUUUUAUUGGCCCAAUUUCGCCCUUUGCUGAUGCGUUUCCAAUCGUCGAUGAGGUCCCCGGAACGGCUGCUGGCGAAUCGCACCUGAAGCCAAAUGAGAUUGAGAUUGGCAUGGGCAUCCACAACGAGCCAGGAAACCGCCGUCUAUCUCCCGUGCCGCCGCUGAAUGAGCUAAUUCCCCAGCUCCUGGAGCUGCUCACGUCGACAACCGACCCAGAGCGGUCGUUCCUCCCAUUCAAGGGCCAGGAUAAGAUCGUGCUCCUGAUCAACAAUCUCGGAGGGACGAGCGAACUCGAGAUGGCGGGCGUCGUGCGCGAGUCUCGGACUGCACUGGAAGCACAGGGAUUCCAGAUCGAGCGGGUGCUUGCGGGUACAUUUAUGACGAGUCUGAAUAUGCCUGGCUUUUCAAUCACUGUGCUUCUCCUGCCCCAAUCCUCCGACAGUUCCGCGCCUUCGGCUUCGCUUCUCCUCGAACUCCUGGACGAGAAGCCCGACGUUCCGGGAUGGAAGUGGACUGCUCCCGCUAAGCCGCUGCGGCCAUCGGAGCAGACCAAGCAGACAUCCGGUGUAGCUUCCGCGGCCGCUGUCGGAGAGGUGACGAAGCUCCGAGUUGAUGACCCCCAGGCUUUCAUAGCAUCCGUCAAACGCACGUGCAAAGCGCUCAUCGAGGCAGAGCCGGAGCUCACAAGAAUGGACAGCAUCGCAGGCGAUGGAGAUUGUGGUCUGACACUAAAGGACGGAGCCAACGCUGUGCUAAAGGACGUCGAGAGCGGCAAGAUCUCGGGGGAGAACGUGGUCGGUUCGGCGAUUGCAGUCUCAAAAGUGGCCGAGGAGCAGAUGGGAGGGACGAGCGGAGCGCUGUAUUCGUACGUCCCGCUGAUCGGCAUGUGUCCUGGACUUGUCCUGACUGUCGCCGUUCCGGUACACAGUAUUUUCUUCUCGGCUCUCGCACAGGGCCUGCAAGCCUCCUCCAGCGGCGCGGGGACGCUUACCGCCGCGCAAUGGGCGACGUCGCUCACGUCUGCGCUAGAGAAGCUGUACACAUACACGCGGGCGCGCCCGCCGUCGCGCACGCUGGUCGACCCGCUAGAGGCGUUCGUCGUGCGGCUGUCGGCAUCACAGGGCAGCGAUUUUGCGGGUGCAGUCCAGGCCGCGGGAGAAGCAGCACAGAAAACGCGAGAUCUGGAGGCAAAGGCGGGCCGUAGCGCGUAUGUGGAGGGGGAUCGUCUGAGGCAGGAGCAAGUGCCUGAUCCCGGCGCUUGGGGUAUCAAGGUGAUCCUGGAAGGCCUGCAGGGAUGA